CCAGAGCCAGUCGCCUUCGCCAAUUUACGAGGAGACAUCUGUGAGUCACUCGCACAAUUCAACUUUCUUUAUCAAGUAUCAACUGCUACCUUUGUGUUUCUGGACAAAAUUGAAGAAAAUGAGCACAAGAUUUUGACUUCUCUUCAAGAUACAACAUCAAAACUCUUCUUGGUAGUUAAUCGCAGAGAUGAUGGUGCCACAGAGGACAUGAUGUCUAUCAAGAAAAAAAUGGAAACAUUACAUUUGCCAAAAAGCAAUGUGAAAACAAAACGCACAAGAGUAAACACUGCAGAUUUUUCAGAGAAACUAUGUGAAGCCAUCAAGACCUCAUCAACAUCUGCAACAACCAUUGACAGUAUGCUUGAAAAAGCAACUGAAUUUGGUCUUUCUGUAGAUGAAUGUAGCAGUGACGACCAAAAGAAGGCAGCUGAGAAGAUGGUAAAGGACAUUAAAGUGAACAGUCACUACAAGAAACAACAACUUCUUUUGCAGGAAGACAACUGGAAAAAGUUAUCACAAUUAGAAAAGGAGGAGUGUAGACUGAAGAAUUCUGGUGACUCAGGACUGGAAGAGUAUAAAGCUAAGCUGCAAGAGGAGCAAAAACAAAUCAAAGAGGAGCAAAAGAAAUACAAAUUGUCUGAAGGAAUGAAGACUUUUAUUGAUAACUUAUCUACAAGUGACAAAGAAAAAAGAGAUUUUUUCCUAAAGUGGAUGAAACUCAAGCUUGAUACACAAUCACGGAGCAAACUGUCUGCACUGCGUAACAAGUUCAAAGAGGCAAGCAAAGCAAAAGAUGCAAAAGUCAUGGCAGAGUUGGAUCAAACUUUUUUGAAUGCUUCUUUAGGAAUAGAGCAUUACAUGAGAGAGAUGGGACUGAUCUACGAGGUUUCCUUGCACUCACAAGAAAGUGCUGAUAAAAUGUCUCAUCUACCAGGUGUGGCUGCUGAAAUGCUGUUGGAUGGUUAUCCUUUAGAGCUCUUGGAUGGAGAUGCUUCUAAUAUCCCACAGAGAUGGGUGACAGAUGUGCUGAUGGAGCUCCACAAGAAGGUUGGAGAGAGCAGCAGAUUGUUGGUACUGACUGUGCUGGGUGUUCAAAGUUCAGGGAAGUCAACACUCCUCAACACCAUGUUUGGUGUGAAGUUUCCUGUCAGCAGUGGCAGAUGUACAAGAGGAGCCUACAUGGUCUUCCUUAGAGUCGGAGAAGAUUUGAAAAGGGAGCUGAAUUAUGACUUUGUGGUUCUCAUUGACACAGAGGGUUUAAAAUCUCCUGAUCUGGCACAACUGGGGGACAGUUAUGAACAUGACAACCAGUUGGCAACCUUUGUCAUCGGCUUGAGUGAUGUAACCAUCAUCAACAUCGCAAUGGAGAACGCAAAUGAAAUGAAAGAUGUCUUGCAAAUCACAGCUCAUGCAUUCUUGAGAAUGAAGCAAAUUGGGAAAAAGCCAGUUUGUCAUUUUGUUCACCAAAAUGUUGCAGGAGUCUCAGCUGAUUCCAAGUGCAUGACAGACAGACAACAUCUCUUGGACCAACUCAAUGAAAUGACUCAAAUUGUUGCUGGAAUGGACAGACAGCCUUCUGUCAAAGCAUUCACAGAUGUGCUGGACUAUGACAUAGAAAAAAACAACUGGAACAUCCCAGGACUCUGGCAUGGAACCCCUCCAAUGGCACCAGUGAACACAGGUUACAGUGAAGCUGUGGCAGAUUUCAAGAAAAAUCUUUUGGAGACAAUGAAAAGUGACAGAAGCAAUGAAACCACACAGAUCCCAGAGUUUCUAGAGUGGAUGAAAAGUCUCUGGAAGGCAUUGAAGUACGAGAACUUCAUCUUUAGUUUCAGAAACACUCUUGUGGCUCAUGCCUACGACAACCUCUGCAAACAUUUCAAUCAAUGGGAAUGGGAGUUCAGAAAAGAGAUUCUGUCCUGGCAGGGAGAAGCAGAGAUAGAAAUCAAAAAUGCUGACAAUGAAUCUCAACUGGGAACUUGGUCUGAACUGGUGGAAUCCAAAAAAUCUGAAGUGUCCAGCAAAAUUCAAAAUGAACGAAAAAUAAUGACAAAAAAACUGCACGAGUACUACCAGAGCAAAGACAGACACGUAAAUCUGAUAGAAAAGUACAAAAUUGACUUCAUCAAAAGUAUCAAUAGUCUUGCGAAGGAAACUCAACAAUCUGUGUCAACAAAACUACAUUGUAUCCUUGAGCUAAAAAUAAGUACAGAAAAAGCUCAGGACAUACAGAGACAAUACAGAGGUGUCAUUGAAGAGAAGGUCAUGAAGCUCCUGAGUGACUGCAAAGACAACAAACUGUCUGAUGAACAGCUGACAGAUGUGUUUGAAGACAUGUGGGCUAAAGCCACUGCAAAUAUCUCUGGCCUGAAAGAGCGAGAUAUCACAAGAUGUGUACUGAUGCAAUUGAGAAAAAGUUUCUCAAACCGGAAUGUCAAUGAGGAAUUACAGGACGUAGACCUAAAGGAAGCUGGGAGAGGUCCAUUUAAAACCCACAAAGGCCAUGUCCAGAAAAUGUAUUUCAACCAAAUGGUAAAACACUGGCGGACAGGAGAUUUGCAGAGCUUUACAGACAAUGUCAUUGAGUCCUGCACACGGUUUAUACAUGAUAAAGCAAAUACAGAUGGAGAUUACCAUGACUCUUUCACAAGGGAUCUUCUCGAAAAAAUCAAUGAAUUCCUUCAGCAAAGUGACAAGCAACACAAAACAAACACAAAGUAUGAGAUUGACCUGAAACUUCAUAUUUGCGGCAUUGCCACAAGGGAGUUCCUGAAAAUGCACAGAAAAUAUCUGUCAGAUAAUGAUCCCAACACUCAGCUGCACAAGUACAAGACUCAGUACUUGUCAGACUUUCUUGACUUGUACAAAGAGAGAGACGACUGUCAGCGCAAAGCAACAGAUUUUGCCAGAUUUUGCAUCAAACCUGCUGUGGAAGACUACAUCAACAGAUCUCUGGGAAUAGACAUUGUGGAAGAAAUGUUGUCAAGCAGCCAUUCAGUACAGUACAGUUCCCGCUCCUUCUUCCAGUACAACAUUCAGAAAGAGCUACUGCAUAAAGAAGACUUCAAGAGUUUUGUCAAGUACAUCUGUAACUAUGAAAAUUAUGUGAAGGACUGGAUAUAUCAGCACAUUCAGCAGAAAAUGUCUGAGGACAAGAGUUUGUACAAAUUGAAGAACAAGAAUCUACAGAUCAUUGUUAAAAAAGUAACAGAAGCCCUUGAACAAGCCUCAAAGGGAGAGAAUGGUGUUCUGCUGCCAAAUAACACAGAAAGCAUCAAAGAGCUCAUCAGCAACAUGCGCAAAUAUCUGAUUAAAGAUAUCUCACUUUCAGUGGAGGAUGAGAAAACCAUCCUGUUUCAAAUCAAAAGCACAUGUCAUCCAUUUAUUGACAGCCUCAAGCAUGCAAUAGAGGACUUAAAAGCACAACUGCAGCAGGAUCUCUGGAAAUCUGAAGACAUUAUCAAGACUCUUGCCAAACUUCCCAUCAAACCACAAGAUGAGCUUUUUAAACGAGUGUUUGGUUGUGGACAACAAUGUCCAUUUUGUAAAGUUCCCUGUGAGGCUGGAGGCAAAGAGCACAAGCAGCAUCAUGCAGCUUUGCAUCGGCCACAAGGUCUGGGUGGAUACCACUAUGUAGACAGUGGUAAACUGAUGGAAACACUGUGUACAACUGAUGUGCACAGUGAACGAAGUUUCCGAAACACAGACACUAAAUGGGAGUUCCAUCCGUACAAACAGUACACCACAUACUAUCCAGACUGGCACAUUCCUCCAGAUCCCACCAUAGAGGCAUCUGACUACUGGAAGUAUGUCCUGGUACAGUACAAUGACAAAUUUGCUGAAGAAUAUAAAGCAAAGCCAGCUGAUGUUCCAAAGGCCUGGAGGAGCAUUACAAAGGAACAAGCUCUGAAAGGCUUAAAAGAAGCAUUCAACAUGGUGUGAAUGAAUCAGAACAAAAAUCUUCAGACAAAACAGCGUUUCAACUUACAAGAUUUUUACUGUACAGCUGGACAGUUGAUAAAAAUCUGAGAAUAUG